CUUCUUCAGACUGCUCCUCUCACUCACACUCAUCCUCACUGAUAGUAGACACGGGGGUCACGUGACCGCCGAAGUGCACUCGCGCAGACGGUGGAGAAGAAGAGCAGCUGCUGCUUCACUCUUCUCUCUUCCUGAACCGGGUCACACUGCAAAUUUGGAAGAAAAAAAAAUGGCUCUUAUCUCAAUUGAAGAUCUUGCUGAACUGGAUGAUGAGCAGUUAGAUGAUGACAUCACUGACAACUCCCAGCCAGCAGAUGAGGAGGAGGAGGAAAGGCUGCUUGCUCACUGGCAGGCUGUGGGGCGGACACAUCAGGUCACCGUCCCCAGAGAGAUGACUGGACCAAUUAUGGAGAUGACAAGGAGGAAUCAGGAAAUGGAACAGGUUCCUUUCGUCACCAUAGCAAAACAUGAAAAGAUGGGUGAGGUGAUAUAUGAGGAGAGGGUGUAUCCACCAGGUAAAUGGGCCUGUAUCACUGUUGGAGAAAAGCUGUAUGAGCAGAGCAUCUCUAUGGGCUUCAUGAAACUCAUGCGCUUCAUCUGCAAGGAGAACUCAGCUGGUCGUUAUUUGGGCAUGACCGUGCCUGUGGUGAAUGGAAUAACGAUGCUGGAGGAUGGCAGCGGCUUUGAAAGUGAAGUCCUGACAGCUUUCUACUUGCCUGAGGAGUUUCAGGCAAACCCUCCCCAGUCUGCUGACCCAGACAUCACCAUCAUCCACAGGGACUCAUUGCGAGUAAUCACCCGGGUUUUCUUUGGCACCACCACGGAGGAGACAAUCUCACGGCAGAUCAGCCUGCUUUGGGAGCUGCUGGGAACAUCUGAUGACAUUCACCAAGACCAAUACAUGGUGGCCGUUUACGAGAACCCUGGGGUGCCGUCUCGUCGAAACGAGAUCUGGUUCAUCUGCCGGAACCCCUAAGGGAUUCUUCUCCCACACACACACACACACACACACACACACACACACACACACAGUCAUUGUUACAGCACCUCCCCUGUGGCACCAGAAAGAAAGACCAGGGAAGUGGACAGGACAGGGCUUAUAUUCCAACAGUAUUAACUCAGGCAACUGAGGAUUUUAGUGAAUAUUUACAGGUCAUAUAAUAAAAAGAAUUAUUUUUGUAUAUGAAAAAGCUAAUUUAGUGCCAGUAAUGCAUAAUAGGUACAUAAUUUCAUCACAAAUGUUAAGUCACAUAUGAAGAAUAUAAGAGGAAUCAGAGUAUACACAGUUCUCAGGUAGCAUUUUUACACAGCUUGUAUUAUAUCUCUUUUAGACUCCAAGCCCCUCAUAGUUCUUUUUUAUAAAUUUCACUUAAAUUUGACAAACUGAAGAUUCACCACAAGGGGGCGUUUGAACCCAGCCUUUUGUCCAGAACCUCAAUAUUUCAGUCAGAUUGUGGAACCCAGGUUGUGCUUCUGCUUCACAUUUUUACACUAAUUUAAUGCAGUUUGUUUCUAUCUACUCUGAUCUCUUUUCAGAUCACAUGUCAUGAGUCACUGCACCUUUUUCCCCAACUUUUGUAUUGACAGAACAGUCUGCUGUCCUCGAUAGAUUAUGUAAAAAAAAAAACUGAAAAAGUGAAAUACAGAAUGUACAACUAACUUCACUGUGUAUUAGUAGAAAUCACUGCAGGUAAUAGUGCACUCCUCCAAUAAUACACUCCACCUAAAGCUAUUCCUUCAACAAGACAAUCAUUUCUGGUUCGAAGUGCUACUCGUCAAAUGAAGGCUCUCACAAAUAGUGUAGAUGUUAAUGCACUAACCAGCUUUACAAUAGACCAAAGGUUUAUGCAGCACGACAAAUCAGAGGUGUUUCCAUAUACGGAUUUUACUGUGACUGCGUAUUUAAAAUGUACUCGUAACUGUGCUUUUAAUUAUAAUCAAUUAUUGUAAGAAAAAUUUGAUUAUUUUUGUACAAACACAGAAGCCUGGACAGGUAUGCGUGGGAAAAUAUAUAUGUUUAUUCCCUCAUAUAUGCCUAUUAGUUUGAAUAACAAGAAUAUUCAUCUAAAACAUGUUUUAGACAGUAUACACUGUACACACUGACUAAUUGACUAAAAGGCAGUUAGUCUGUUUGACCACUAGGUGGACAGCAUGACCACUUUGGUUUAUUUGGAUGUGCUUAUUUUCCUUUUAAGGCUAAGAGGAUUACAUCUUUUCCUACUGAAUAGGACCAUUAAGAUGUAGAUACUCUAUAUGAUGUACUGUAUGUCAAAAGAACUUGAAGAUUAUAAAGACUUUUUACCAACCUUUAAAAUAAUCACUGAUUUGGUAACGUAAUCACCUUUUGUCAGAAUGUUCUCCUGUGUGCCACUUUCCUCACUGUGUUUCUACUUGUAUCAUAUUCACAUAUAUCACAUACACUUUCCACACUGAUUUAAUUACAGUUGAAUAAUCAAGCCCAUUGUGUGUGGUAAGGAAAUAAGAGACUAACUCAGUAGAUAUCUAUGUUAAAAAACUAGCUAAUGUUUGUUAAACUGUGGUGAUGUAAAUUUCAUGUACUGUGGAGCUUAAAAUGCGUAUGUUGUGGACAUUAAUUGAUAUUUGUUCAGUUACUCUGAAGAAUAAAAUGCAGCUCUAAUGGUC